GCGCCCGCGGGAGCCGGGAGCCCGGAGCCCGGCCUCGGCGGCCCGGCGAGCGAACAUGGCAGCAGCAUGAGAAGGCUGGCGCCGGGUAGUGGCCGCCGCCGCUCUGCCGUUCCGCAUCCGCGCCCGGCGCCCUCCGAGCCUCCUACUUAGCCGGCCUCCCGGUGGCCGCCGGUUUAUUUCCUUUGAAGCGGCGGGCAGCGAGGACUGGGACCCCUAUCCCCCCGCAUCCUGGCCGGUCGGGUUGAGGCUUGUGCGUGCGACUCGCCGGCUGCGGUAAACGACGCGCGCGGGGGAGAGAGCCGGUCCCGGCUGCGGCGGCGCGGGCGCGCGGGGAUGAGCCGGCCAUGGAGCGGCCUCGGCGAGGCGCACGCAACCGGCCCGCGCUGCCGAGGGGGAGCUGCCUGAGCCCGGGUUCCGCGGGGCUUCGGGGCCUUGGGCUCCCCGGCGGGGUGCCUGCCGCCGCCUCUGGGAAGGACCGGAGCCUCGCGUGGCGGACACUGCAGCGGUCAGCGUGCUGAGACGCCCGAGCCCGCUGCUCCUGCAGCUCGGUGCGUUCUUGGGCACCCGGGCGCCCUGCCCAGUGCACGGUGGCUGGCGCACCGCGGCGAGCCGGGUGCCAGACUGUCUAGAGGGGUGUGUGUGUGUGUUUGUGUGUGGUGUGUGCGCGCGCGUGUUUGAGCGGAGAUCCCGAGCUAACGCCGAACCAGGCGGAUCGGAGCAGCCAUGCUUCCCGGGGUAGGCGUGUUCGGCACUAGCCUCACGGCCCGUGUCAUCAUCCCGCUGCUGAAAGACGAGGGCUUCGCGGUGAAGGCGCUGUGGGGCCGCACGCAGGAGGAAGCGGAGGAGCUGGCCAAGGAGAUGAGCGUCCCCUUCUACACCAGCCGCAUUGACGAAGUGCUGCUGCAUCAGGACGUGGAUUUGGUGUGCAUCAACCUUCCGCCGCCCCUCACCAGGCAGAUCGCCGUCAAGACUCUGGGCAUCGGCAAGAACGUCAUCUGCGACCGCGCGGCCACUCCGCUGGACGCCUUCCGCAUGAUGUCGGCCGCCCACUACUACCCGAAGCUCAUGAGCGUCAUGGGCAACGUGCUGCGCUUCCUGCCGGCCUUCGUGCGCAUGAAGCAGCUCAUCGAGGAGGGCUACGUGGGCGAGCUGCUGGUGUGCGAGGUGCAGGUGCACAGCGGCAGCCUGCUGGGCAAGAAGUACAACUGGAGCUGCGACGACCUGAUGGGCGGCGGCGGGCUGCACUCGGUGGGCACCUACAUCAUCGACCUGCUGACCUUCCUCACUGGCCAGAAGGCCGUCAAGGUCCACGGGCUGCUCAAGACCUUUGUGAAGCAGACCGACCACAUUAAGGGCAUCCGCCAGAUCACCAGCGACGACUUCUGCACCUUCCAGAUGGUGCUGGAGGGUGGGGUGUGCUGUACCGUCACCCUCAACUUCAACGUGCCAGGCGAGUUCAAGCAGGACGUGACCGUGGUGGGCUCGGCCGGGCGCCUCCUGGCCGUGGGCACGGACCUGUACGGCCAGCGCAACAGCGCCCCCGAGCAGGAGCUGCUGGUGCAGGACGCCACGCCGGUCAGCAACUCCUUGCUGCCCGAGAAGGCCUUCAGCGACAUCCCCUCGCCCUACCUGCGCGGCACCAUCAAGAUGAUGCAGGCCGUGCGCCAAGCCUUCCAGGACCAGGACGAUCGGCGCACGUGGGACGGCCGGCCGCUCACGAUGGCUGCCACCUUCGACGACUGCCUGUAUGCCCUGUGCGUGGUGGACACCAUCAAACGGUCCAGCCAGACGGGCGAGUGGCAGAACAUCGCGGUGAUGACCGAGGAGCCCGAGCUGAGCCCCGCCUACCUGAUCAGCGAGGCCAUGCGGCGCAGCAGGAUGUCCCUGUACUGCUAGCCCGGACUGGGGGAACCCGGACUGGGGUACCCGGACUGGGGACCCGGCGUGACCCAGGCCUCCAGCCAGAGGAUGGGGGUGGGGAACAGGCUGGGGGGUGGGGGUGGGGGGAAGGGAGAGGUAGCCUCGAGGAGUCUGGGGGCCGGGAAGUGGAAAGGGGCAGUGUGUGGGAAUGGGGUCCGGGAGGCCGAGCCCCUACCCGGAUGAGGGGCCCCAGUCGAGACUGAGUUGGGAGGCUGCCUCUCCCUGCCCUUCAACUGUGAGCAGCCGGGAGGGAUGGCUGGCCUCUGCACCACAUCCAUCGGGCCACCAGCCCCCGCCCCCCCCAACCCCGUCUUGGCCUUCUUUGCAAGCCAAAUGCCCCUGUGCAAUCAGGGCCCCUGAAUCCAACAGGCGAGCGCAGCGGCAGGAGAAGGUGCAUUGUUAGGUGGCCACGCCAGCCCCUUGGUCUGGGGAGAGGUGGGGAUCGGUGGCUAAAGAGAAAGUUCUGAUUCCAGGAAGCCACUUACAGGGUCUGCGGGGGAUAAAGUACUUGGUAGCAAAGUAUACAGCUUUCUUGAAGGUUGGGCCCCUGAAGCUGGAGGGAGGAGGUGUCUUCCUAAUUGACUUAUUGCCCUUUUCUUGGCCUGAGGCCAGGUCAAGGAGUGCCAGGAAGGGCCAGCCGAGAAUCGCUUCCCUGGAGCCAAAAGGUGAGGGCAAGGGCACCAAAAUAGACAAGGCGGAGAAGAAAAUUUCCCUUUGGAUGUGUCAGGAUUAAAAGCCCACAAGGAGCCACCUUGUAACUAUUUCCAGUGCAGUAUUGACCGAGGAGACAGCAGGACGGAGGUGUAGGUCUGACCACAGGCUCCUGGGCUGUUGUCCAGGCCCCGGGGCAGCCGUGAACCCCAGGCUCGCAGGGGCAAGUCCCCAGCAGAAGGGAAAGUGAAACAGCCCUGCACCUGUCUCUCCUAGCAAGCUGGGGAAGGGCUCCUAGGAGAGUCCCCUGCUUUGUGGAUUUUAAAAGGGAAGCCUUCAGGUUCACACAGAUAUAAUCGUCUUCCCUUUGGGGGAGAAAAAUGUCAAGGCUCUUUUCCUUAGUUUGGACCUUUGUUCUUAUGCAUCAAAUAAGUGAAAACUUUUGACUAGGUAUUAAAACAAAAGGACAAUAAGGAACAUUAUCGUCAGUAUUUCUAAAUGGGGUUCAGAAGCCUGUGAGGUGUAUACUUUGCUUAGGCUUGAGAAAGCUAAUGUAGGAGAAAACAUCUUCUCCCUCCCCUGGUCUCCUAUCCCUCUUAUCUUAACGCCCUCUGCUUACUGAGCUUUUACAGGAGAUGGCAAAUUGCAGGCUUGGAGCAGGCGGUGCCAGAGGGAACAACCAGAGACAGACAGACAGACAGACACGUUUAUAAAUGCUCUCUACCGCCACUGUCACUAAAAUCCCUCUUGGGAAUUCAGACCUGGUCUUGAAAGAAAACUUAAGUCAAAUACAUUUUGAAAAUGAGGACUUAUCCUAUUGUUUCCUUUUCUUAAUUCUUCACCACACAUAGGAUGUUUGUUGAGGUUGACCGUUGAGAGGGUUACUUGUAAGUCUACGGAGUCUGUUCACAGUCACAGAAACCCUCUGUUGUCUUUGGCACACAAGUAACAUUUGGAGUCUUUUCAGAUGGGCUGCAGUGGAACUGGAAGGGAAUUUAAGGGGCUGAGAGUGCACCCCAGGCUCUGAGCAGGCAAAGUCUCAAAAUGAACUAACUGUCCGAUCAGUUGCCCCUCCAUCCUCAUAUCCUAUGCAUCCCAGGCUGACCCUGGGUGCAGUGGCACCAGGUCCAAACAUUCCCCGGGAAUGUUGGUAUUUUCUAGCACAGAGGAGUAGGAAUCAUCUUCCUAGAAAGAAUUUCCCUGCUUCCCGGGCC